AGCAGAUGGCGGAAGUGUCACAUGGUACGAACCUACUCCUGUGAAGACAACAACGCGUCCAUAUGAAGUGCUUUCCCCUGGCAUCGUACAGGUUUUAGAAGGAUCUUCUGUCGCACUGAACUGGAACUACAGUCUGUCGUCAGGUUUCUUAAUAGCUAUGAUAAAAUUUAAUGGUGAUGGUAUAGCCAUGAUUAGCGCCGGUGGACUAGUUGGUGCUCUUAAUGCACAUUUUCAGGAACGGUUCAACGUUAGCUCGACUCUUGGAAGAGCGUCUUUGUUUAUCUAUAACGUAACGGUUGCAGACGAUAAGACUAAUGGAGAAUUUAGCUGUGAGUUACUUGAUUCCAAUGCUGAUAUCUGGAAACGAGCAAUUCAAGUGGAAGUCAUAGGUGAGCUUGAAAGUGCUUCCGACAAGAAAGGCAAUACCUUAGGGGGCCAGACUGGCAUUUCUUUGAAUGGUUAUGUGUCACCUAACAGGAUAUGGAAUGUGCAUUCUUGAUUUUCUAUUUCUCAUGAUGUGUCUUGAUCAGGGUGACUCUGUGGACCACUAACAUUCACUGAGUAGGCUAUGAACAUUGUAAUGUAGUGCACAUGAGUUUACGUGGAUGACUCUACUUGAAGAUAUCAAGAAAUCUAAAUUCCUAGAGAUACUACUUUGUUAUGCCCUUAAGACUUUUAUGCUAAAUUGUUAUACUUAUUAAUUACAUAAAAGUUUGAAUAUGAAGAAAGACUUUUUACCUUAUAAAUGCUUAGCAUGUUUUCUUAUUAUUUUUAUUUUUAUUUCAUUUAUUUAUUAUCAUUAUUAAUUUGGAUGACCUGGCCAACUUACUCACUACCUAGGCUUUAUACUCGUUCUAUUUUAUUCCUUACUUACUUUCGAUUAAUUCUUCAAAUCUGGGCAUCAUUUUGUAUAGUUUGCAUAUGUUGUAAAAUGAGCUGAGUUAAAUUAUAUCUGAAGUCUUGAUGGUAAAAACAGCUUUUUAAAAUAUUUUUAAGCUAGCUAAGCAAUGUACCUUUCUGUCAGAAUAUGUUAUAUGUGUGCAGGCUCUGUGAGGUUAAUAUAUGCCAAAAAUCUCCACAGGUUAUGGUCUUAAACAGUUGAUAACUUGCAAAAUCAAAAGAUUUUGUCAAUAACACAUGGUCACUCAUACUGAACGUGAUCACCAUGCAGUUGUGGAACAUGCUGUAAGAAACAUGUUGCAGCACUUUGAGGAUUACAAUAAUUGCAGCUGUUUGAUUUUUUCAGUGCCAGCUAAGGUAACUAAUAUCACCGGCCUAAAAACUGUACAAGAAGGCAGUAACCUACUGUUAACCUGUAAAACAUCUGGGAAACCAGCACCAAACAUUACUUGGACCAAAGAAAAGCUAGUCUUGCAAGGAAAUACUGAAUCACUACAACAGGGAGCUAGGCUGAAUAUAAGAAACAUUGGCAGGAAUGAGUCAGGAACAUUCUACUGUAAAGCAUAUAAUGGCUUUGGAAACCCAGACAGUCAGGCAGUUGAUGUGGAUGUCACUUGUAAGCUACAUAUUGCUUGUCUAUUUACUGUGUAUUAUGUCCUUAUUAUUAUGUUAUACAUCAUUGAUUUAUCUACAUGCAGAUGUUUUCAUGAGUGUGUGCCCUUGUGUAUGUUUUAAUAGGGUAUUGUGUAGUUCCAGAAAAUAUCCAUACCCUCACCAUGGAGGGGGGGGGGUCAAAGUCCCAGGAAAUUCCAGAGGGGAUGGGGGGCAAGAGGCAAAAUUUUCGUCCAGAGGGUAGGAAGUCGAUCGACUUUCUUCGUAUGUCAAUUGGCGCCACUUAUCUACUUUAGUGGGACGUUCUGAAGUUCAAGUUGUUAAAUUACGAUGCUUCUAACAGUUCUGCAGCCAAAGAAAGUUUUCUUUUAUCCUUGUAGCGCUUUGGAACAUAAAUAACAUCAAAUAAAGAAGAGAAUCACUUUGUUUUUCGAACGGAGCCGCCUUUACUCGUUACCAGUCUCCAAAGAUUACAAUCAACAGGAGUGGUUACCUAGGGAUUUUCCUCGGUCAUAACACGUUUCGCGUUCGUAAAAUUUACAAAUAACUGUCUGAUGCUGUUUUUUUAAAAUUUAAGUUAAAUCUCACAGAUCGAUCCUGCAGUCUCGUUUUGAGCGGUUCAAAAGACUCAAAACGUCUCACAGUCUCGAAUUGUUUGCAAAGCCGUUUUGGGGUCUUAACAUUGGUCUCGCACUCAAAAAGUUUCGGUCUCGCAAAAAAAAAAAAAAAAAAAAAACGCUGGUCUCGCCGUCUCGCAAAGUUUCGCAUAAAUUUACCAUUCGCUACCCCUUAUUGACUCCAGCCAUCUCUUAAUUUUGAUCUGCACUGAGCUUAAUUCUGUUGCAUCAUAAUAUGUAGGAGACUUGACGAUUUCUUUAUGGCUUACUUGCUUGCGAUGUUACAAUGAAUGAUAAGUAGUACCGUAGUCGAAAACAGUUGAUAGUAACAUUGAGAAACACUAGGAUCCAGGGCUUUGUAUAUAUGCGCGUGGGACUGGUAACUAGCCAAGGUUUGUUUAUGCACAAUCGGACGAAAUUAUCGACCUGCUGUUAACAAGAAUCAAUGCUUGUGUGAAGAAAUUUUACAUUAGAGGCUGGAAUUUGGAAAGAUGGGUUCAAAAUAACGUACUGCUGACUCGGUUUUCUCUUUUGCUCUCUUAUUUAUGACACAAUUUUGUACAAAUUUACGUUGCUUAAUGUGAUUUCGAACGUUUCCAUUUCAAGUGCACGCAAUUUUCUCAGUACAUUGUACAAACUUAACAGUUCAAAAGUGUUUUGUUGCGACUUGUACGGUUUUUUUCUCCUUUCGUGUACUGAAAAUACUGUGUUAAAUGUUUAAGGAUAAGUAUUGUAUUUAAAAAUAAAGCAAACGUUAAGUUUAAGCUAGUGAGCGACGUUUACCUUGUGCGUGUACGCCAUCUCUCGAAUAUACACGCGACAAAAGCACACGUCCCUCUUGUUUGUUGUUUGCUAUGAGAAAAAAAUAUAUUUCCAGGGGGUAUAGGGGGUGGUAGAAAAUUCUCUGGAAAUUCCAGAGGGGGGGGGCUACCACUGCUACCCCAAAAUGGAAAAUCCGAAGGGGUGGAGGGGUCCUAUAUGAAAUUAUAUGAAAAGUAUGGAUAUUUUCUGGAACUACACAUUUCUGUUUUUGUCACUUCUACUUUGUAGUAAAAAAUAGUUAUAAAAGCUUAUUACUACUGUCCCUAGCUGUGCUAAAAAUUUUACAAUUAAUGUGCUAAGUUAUUAAAGAAGCCAAAACAUUAAGGUUAAUUAUAUUAAUUUCUUAGUUCUCUGGGUGUUUAUGAGAAAGAAAAAUAUGUACAAACAAAUACCAGCUUUUCUGUUUCACAAACAAAUUUUUGAAUUUAGACAGUAAGUUAUUGCUGUGAAAUAUGUUUCACUUGUAUCAGUGAGUGUGGUUUGCAUUAUUUGUGCAAAGAAGCUGUAAAUGUGUCGAUAAUAUACUUUGUGUAAGCAUCUUCAAUAUUAUUUAAUUGUCAGUGGUGCCAUUUUUUUAAAAUAAAAUUUUGGGUAUUUCCAUUCAAUUUACAGAUGCAGUUAAGAUUGUUACAUUUCAACCAGAGUAUAUUGUUGUUGUACAACAAAGUGUAACUCUUACCUGUGAAGCAGAAGGAAACCCUCCUCCUACUUACACUUGGACUCCAUGUGACCCAGAACAAGUUUGCAACAAGAAUACUCUUCAUAUUACACAAGUCCUUAAUGAUGCCAACUAUACCUGCAGAGUGGCCAAUGAAUUUAGUAGUGAUGUAAAAGAUGCCAGUGUCUGUAAGUUGUUAUAAUCAUUCCUAAUUCACCACAUGAAAACUUGCCAUUCAAACAAUUUUUUUUGGAAAUUUUUUAAUUUUUAUUGGAACUUUGGACUGAGAAUUCAUAGGAAUUCCCAACCAAAACAACUCUGGUUCUAAAAACCUAGAAAUUCCUAGAAACUCCCAGAAAUUCCAAGUUUAUAGCCAACAGGACUUGGAAUCCUGGGAAUUCCAACUCAGAGCACCAAUAACUUUCCUUGAAAAGCUGUAAAUCUAAAAAAUUCCUAGGAAUUUCAAGGAAUGUUUAAGAAUUCCUGGGAAUUUGAAGCAAAAAUCUGAGGCUACUUAUAUGAAAUAAAUACUAAAACUUAAAAAAUCCCAGCUAAAAUUCAAGUAUUCAAUGAAAUUUAUUUACAAGCUUAAUUAAAGUUUAUGUGUAAAAUAUCAACAUCAACAUGUAGUAAUAUUAGGAUGGAAUUUGAUUUAUUUUUCUUUUCUUGAAAACUUCAUACGGUUUAAUCUUCAAUUACAGCUAUUCAUAUAAAAUAGUCCUAAUCAAUCAUUAAAUUUGGUUUGACACAAAUUGUGAAUAAAAUCUGUUGAUUCUUUUCCAUAAAAUGCAAUAUCUUAAAUAAUAUUUGUUGCGAUAAAUACUAUCUGUCUAAAAAUAGUCUUAAAAUGAGUUAUUUAAUUUUGGAUGAUGAUACAUAUGGUAUUAACCCUUUUGCUCCCAGAGACAGGCUUUGACUUGAUUUUAUGUGGUUGUAACUUAUUUGGAUAAAACUCUUACAUGUGAACACUCAAAUGUAAGCUGUCAAUUACCACUUUCAUGUUUUACUCUUUGUUUUCGUUGAUUCUGCACAUUGAAAUUUGAAGAUUUCUUCUCAAAUUUUGAUCUAGCACUCUUGGGAGUGAAGGGGUUAAUUACAAUUAAAUAAUUGAUUUUUUAAUUAAAAUCUUGUUGUAACUGUAACAAUAAAUUAGAAUGAAGUUAUUCUAAACUGCAGACUUAGCUGCUGUUUAUCUUUUUUCCCUGGGCUCACAAUGAGUUGGCCUUUAAUGAGGUUGUCUACAAGAAGCUUGACCAUUUUGUAUCUGGAUUCCAUGACAUCUGAAUUUGAAAAAAAAUAUAUAUAUGUGAUAAAUUCACAAGAUGAGCGCCAAAUGGAGUCUUCUUUAUUUCCGAUCACGGGCAUGACCACGUGGAUCUUUUAGGACUUGUCAUUGGCUAGCAAAGUGAAUCCGCUGGCUUGCCGAUUGCAGUGUGAAGAGAAGCGCACAACUUUACUCUGACUUCUCCGACCGGUUCUCUGCUUCUGGACGUUAGAUACCUUGGAUCCAUGUUCUGACGGUGAUGUAAAUAAUGAUGUGAGCUCACUCUAUGUAGAAUUAUAAUAAAGUUCGGAUAUAACGCGCGCUGUCAUUGGUCGAAAGAGUGUGCUCUAUGAGAGUAUAGAGCAUAGAACUGAGCUAAAGCUGUCACGCCAUCUGCCAAAUUGUACUAUGUUCGACCUUUUCCGGUAAUUGAAAGUGAAAUUUCGGAACAUGCGAUCCGGCAAGUAGCAACAGAAGAAACAAACAAAGAUUUGUAAACAUACCAGGCGCCGUAAUUUACGUUAUUAAAACGUGAGCAGAUACGAAAAUCCUCAAAGGAAAAACAAAAUAGACAUUCCGAGUUUUAAAGAUUAAUUCACGCUCAGUUAGACUGCAAGCUUACGUACGGAAAUAAAAAUCAAACACAGCUAACACUCAUACAGUAUAUAAAACUCAAUGUUCAAAAAUAAAACAGAACAAAACAGAAAUGAUGAAAAAUAUAACCAAACUGGCAUAACUGUUAAAAUUCAUUCUAAUCAUGAAGGUGUGAGCGAAUAUGAUCAUGCUGAAGUCCAUCGCGGCUUGCUCAUCAUGGCGAUCUCCGGUCAUCACAGUAAAGCAAGCCUCAGAAACUAGAUCGGCCACCCUUCGAGUGAAAAAAUAAGAGCUUGCUCUGAUAUCCUCUGCGAUGUGUUGAGUGGAAAGUCACAUCUGUCACUGCAGCCGAAUUUUGCCGCGCUGUCAUCCCUAGCGAUCUUCAUGUUCCGGUGAAUUCGGCUGUCGUUCAUUCAAAAAACACUCGCGUGUUUUUAUGAGCCAUAAUUCGGCUGAAGUUCACUGAACAUUUCACUUCAAGAUUCUGUAUUAGAGACUUAAAAACUUCAGGCAAAAGUGUUAAAUUCGACCUGCCGAACCAUUUUAGUUUGUAAACUAUCGCAGAAUGUGAACUUUGAUGGUUUGACACUUUUGACAGCUUUUGUCUUGUACAGCCAAUCAGAUUAUUUGAACCAUUCUAACAGGGAUUCUGAUUGGCUUAUUGUAGCGUGCUUUAUGAGAGUAUAGAGCAUGCUGACGACACUGUUGUUCGCUUUGGAAAUAAAGUUUGUUUUGAAAAUUGAAAGUAAUGCUCGGGGAAUUUAAUGGAUUCUCUAUUAUAAAACAAAUAGAGAAGCCUUGACUGUGCUCUGUUCUGUUAUAAAGCACUUAGGAAGCGGCUAGAGCACUCAAGAAGUGGGGCGAAACACUCGACUACGUCAAGGCUACCACAGUCAAGGCUUCUCUAUUUGUUAAAUAAUCGACAAGAAUCGAUCGUACUACAAAUGCACGAUUUGUGGCCGAAAGUUUCCGAGGAAACCAAGACUCAAAACCCAUUUGAGUUGUGUUCAUGGCAAAGGUGAGAAAUAUAACACAAGCCAAUCACAAUUUUGAAUGCGAUCACAGAUCGUCUUUUACCCUCAUUUUUACAAAAGAAGGAUACCAAAUUAGGGAGUCUAAGAGAUACACGGAUGAUCCCAGUGUACCAGUACCUAAAUCAACAAAGCUUGACCGUAACAAGCGUUCAGGAACACGUUCUAACACCGCCAUCUCGAUUCCUCAGUCAGUCGUUUCCAUUGAACUUAAAGCAGUGGUGACAACAGAAUAGAGUGCGUCUCAUAAAGGAGAAACAUUUGUACAAGAGACAGAAGCAACUAUAUGCGAUUACAGAGGUGCGUUGGAACUCUGGUCCACAAAUGGUUAUGCAAUGUCCGAUGUAUAAAACAAUAAUUUGUUGAUAGCUGAUAGACAGAGAAGAACAACAAUUAAACUUUAGAGCUGUUAUUAUUCAAGUGUCACUUGCACUUUUUAUUUGUAUAUAAAGAAGGACUUGUAUUUUGCACUAGAAAUAAAGAGAAGUAAUAUUUUUUGGGAGAUCCAGUGAUUGGGACAUUUAAGAAAUUAAGUUACGACAGGAAACUCGGUUUGUACUUCUCACUAGUCUAAAAAGUCUUGAAUUAAAAAUAUUUUCAGAUCAGAGUUUCAAAAGGUGUUUUUUCUCAAAGGGAACAGUGACUACCUCUGUCUUGUCUGCAUGCCAAAUGUUUGUGAAGUGUGUGGAUGAUCCACAAGUAUUCGAACUCUUAUAAAAAUGUUUUGUUAAAAUAAAAUCAUGCAAAACAAAUUACAGCAAUCAGUCAGAAAAACAGAGCAAAAAACUAAAUAAAUAAAAAAAAAGAACAGUAACAACAAUCAUGAAAAAAGAAAGAUUAAUCAGGUGUUGAAUUUGUUUGUCCAAGGCAUGAAAUUUCUACUAAAAAUAAUGUCAACAAAAAGUCUCUGACACUGUUUGAGGCAACUGAGCUUGACUGUUCCAAGGUUUUCUAACAAAGUCAACUAGUAAUGUAGGUUAGGGAAGUAACUUAUGUUCAUAACUAACAAAGUUCUUUAAGUGUAGAUAACAAUUUAAUCAUUGUUACACAUGUGGAAGUUGUGUACCAAGGAACAGCUAAUGAAUGUUUGAGGAUUUUGGCACAUUUUUGAACAUGAGACAUUUUGUAUCACAAUAAAAACUUUUAUGAUCAUGGAAUCCAAGAGUCCUUUAAGGUUAGAAAGCAAAUCAGUGAUAUGAAUACAUUUGAUUAAUUGACAAUUUGCAUUUAACGUAAUUGACUGCUGCUUCAUGAUAAAAUCCAUAUUAACAUAGAGAUUUACUUAAAACUUAGUUUAAAUAAUAAAUUCAUGAUCUUUCAGUUAUAAACAUAUACAUGUAUGUCUAUCUCGUGGUAAAUUUUGUGUAGCAUACCUUUAAUUGAGCCAAAGUUUUAAGCCUCUAAAAUUACUCCUCGUCUUAAAACCUUCACAUUUAAGGUAUUAAGAAUUUCUUGGAAUUUAAGUGGACCUCAGGGUAUUUAAAUUACCUCUAAUUCAAUUCCCAGAAAUUCCCAAGAAUUCCACCCUUCUUAAAUUAUAGGUAGUUUCUAUAGCUGAGAAUUCCUAGGAAUUCCUAGGAAUUCCAAGUCCUCACAAAACUGGAGUCUUCCUUUCCCAGAAAUUCCCAGUAAUUCCAAGCUUUUCAAAUCAGAGCUUAUUUGCAUAGUUAGGAAUUUUUGAGAAUUCCCAGAAAACUGGGUAUUCAGUUCGCAAGGGUUAUUCAGGUCGAAGUCAUCAUCCUGAUUGAACACCAAACUCUUGAAACUUAUUUACAGGGAAAAAUGUGGCGGCCAUAGGGGAGAAUUAACAAUUACCAACAACUAAAUGGUAUAGGGGGAGCUAGUAACAAUUACAAAGCCUGCAGCUGAGAGAGCUAUUAUAUUAGAUAUAAAAAUAUUGAAUGGCACUCCAUAUAAUCCAUUUAGUAAAGUACUGGUAGUAAUUUUUAUUGUAUGGCAAAAGAUAAUGAUUCCUAAAGUCUUUCAUUGCCCCAAGGACUACUAAAAGGAGAUAGUUACAAUUUGUACGAAAACUGAAUGGGACCAAAUAUUGUGAUAAAAAGAUGCAUGUACUCAUAACUUCAUACAGGUGUACAUGCUCUUUUUUCCUAAUGUGGCUCUGAUUCUGGCAGAAUCUGAGUUUGAUUAGUGUUGCAUCUUCGAAUUUACCUGCAGACAUUGGAGGAAAUGUGAUUAAUAUAACCAUUGUCAUCACCAGUGAAAGUUGUACUGAUGGAAAAUACAACCAAUCCUCAUCACUGAUGAAACUCAAAGAACUGGUAAACAUUUUUAUUGGUCAACAGUGCAGUAUUUUAUCUUAUUCAGCUUUUUCUCUUAGUACUAUUUCUUCUGCUGCUGCAGUAUAAUAUUACAUGCAAAUCACAUAAGGAGCUUAAGUGUUGAUGUGCUAUUUGCUUCGCAUUUAAUUCAGUGUCACUUAAACAUUCUAACAAAGCCUAUGCAUGUAGUGCACUGAUAUACAUGCCAUAACAAUUUUAUUCCUUUCAUUGAAGAGACAUAUGUUUAUCUGAUUUCAUGUUUGUGUUUGAAGGUAAUUGAUAAACUAUUUUGAUAUGAUGUUCAUUUGCACUGUUCUAUUGGUGCCUAUAUGGUUCUUAUAGAUGAAAGUGGUCUUUGUUAGUAGACCUGGUUACAGGAGUGUGGAGUUGAAAAGUGGAAUCAGGUUUGUAAACUGCUUGGAUCAUCAGUUUCUUAGUUUUAAUUUUCAAAUUUCUAACGCACUUAAAUUUAUUUGAAUUGAUCUUGAUCAUCUUAUGUCUGUAUCAAGGUGUGGAAGUUUAACUGUUGACCUAGCACUAGUAUUCAACUCCACAACAAGAGAGCAAGAUGUUAUUAGAUUUCUUUGGAAUGCUGCCAAAGAUGGGAAACUUGGACAGUUCGAUGUAAGUGCCAUACACAGGACAAGAUCUUCGGUUGAUUUCGAAAUUGGAACAACUGCAGCAGCAGGCACAGUGAUAUCACCUGGAAGUAAGUUUUGUUAAUUUUUGCUAUCUAUUAAAUGUGCAAACUUUUUGAUAUGAAUCAAUUCAUUUGUGGUACAUAUUUCACAGAAAUCUGAAUCCAUGAUAUGCUCUUCAGUGGAAAGUUAUUGGAAUUUGAUAUCACAUUGUAAUCAUGGGAAACAAAAACGCCGUUUACACUCUAUGUUCGGCAUUCAUGUGAAAUAUCCCUGUUGUAUAUUUUAUCCAUAGUAUGAGUAGGAAAAGCGUCGUGAAACGGUAGAGCGGAGGAUUGCCGACAUUUAGUUUGUGGCGACAUAUCUAUCAUGUGUUGUUCUUUUCCGCAUAUUUUCAAGGUGCCACAGGGAUUAUUGUUGGUGCAGUGGUUGGAUCAGUUGCCACAGUGGCUGUAGCUGUUGGAAUAUUUGUUUUUUUCGUAUGGAAGUCAAGAAGGCGUCGCAGCAAGAAAUCGAAUAGUAAGAAUUGUGUUUCUGACAACAUUGGGUCCCACGUAUAGGAUAGGUAUAGGAUAUUUUAGGAUGUAUGGUAGCACCUGGCAAUUAAUUAUAAGGGCUGCUUGUGUUUUUACAUAGCUUCAUUUAAACACAAGAAAGGUAAACACGGAAAAAGUUCAAUUUUGCGCAUAGAUUAUGUAAUAUCUGCGAAUCUUAAGCGUCACAACUGUGAUUACAUGCGUGAGUACUAAAACAUGGAACGACCUAAAACCACCUACAACCACCUACAACCACCUCAAAAAUUUCAACAACCACCUACAACCACCUCAAAAACAUCUACAGCCCCUCGCAAACUAUCUAAAACCAUCUAAAACAAGGCAUGAAUGUCUAAAAUAAGGCGAGACGGUAACAUGUCACGUACAUGAAAUACGAAAAUCGAACGAAACUUCCACCUCCCCCAUGUAUAAUCAACCAUCUCACGAAAUAAAAUGCGAGAGUAUGCUAAUUAUAUUUUAUAUUCCUUCAGUAGCAAAAGACUUAAAGAACUUUACAAAAUGAACUAUCAAGUUGCAAAAAAUAAUAAAGUAAAAUGACAAACUCGUAGUCAAAAGACUGACUUGACCUGGCUUUUUCUACCCUGGGUACCAGCAGACGUUUUGGCUCACGUCUAGAAAAAGUAUGAGUAAGAAUGGUCAUUAAAAAUAUUUUAAGCGAAUCUGUGCGUACCUUUGGGAUCUUCCUUUGGCACGAACGCCAUCGUGCUGGCAUUCAUACAGCAUACAGCUGCACAAGUGGUGCCACUUACGCAAUAGUGACUCACGUUUUGCUCCAAUUACAUUUCCAGUGCUGAGACUAUAAAUGGAGAAAAACACUGCCUUGGACCAUUACGUAAUCAAAUGUAAUGUGAGCCAAAACGUCUGCUAGUUAAGUUCUCCAAGUCUUUUACUACUGUGCAGGCUGAUUACUGUGGUAAUUAAAAAAUAUAAAAUAUAAUUGGCAUGCUCUCGCAUUUCAUUUCGUGAGAUGGUCGAUUGUACAAGGGACCAGGGAGAGUAAGAUUUCAGGGGUAGGUGGAGGUUUCGUUUGAUUCUCGUAUUUCAUGUACGUGACUUGUCGUCUCGCCUUAUUUUAGACGUUUAUACUUUGUUUUAGAUGGUUUUAGAUAGUUUGCGAGGGGCUGUAGAUGUUUUUGACGUGGUUGUAGGUGGUUGUUGAAAUUUUUGAGGUGGUUGUAGGUAGUUUUAGGUGGCUGUAGGUGGUUGUAGGUGAUCAUCCAUGUAUAAUUAAAUUUCAGAGGACAUUAUUCGGCAUUGCCCUCGAAUUCAUUUCUUCCUUUCUCUUUACAUACUUUCUGCGCUUAUUUUUCUUUCUAUUCUGCUUCCUCAUCAUACUUUGUUGAUGGUUUUUUUUCAUCGUUUUAGGGACAGCAAAAAGAGAGAGGUGAGAUAAAUUAUUGUCCAUUUUCAUGGUUUAUUCACAUUUAGAUUUUGUUACCAAUGGGUACUGUUUGCAACUGUGAACUUCUCCUUUUGCUUUUCACAUGCAUCACAGUAGUUAAGUUCAGCUUACGUACUUCAUCUAGGCGUUAAUUACCUAGAGUAUCUUUGACUUAAUACCUUUAACACUACACACCACGCCUUAUAGGUGUGAAAAAACUUGCUAUGCGGAUAUUAUGUUCUGCAUCUAUAGGAAAGUAAUGAAGUAUCAUCGUUACUAAUCGCUUCUCUCUUCAAGCUUUGGCUGUUUAUGAAACCUGCUUUUAUUUGAGCUAAUAGCUCAAAGCAAAAUGUGGCAUGCUGUCGCUAAUGUCUUAAACAUCCAGUUUUUAUUGCUUUUCCGUCAGAGCUUACCCUGAUGUUCCAUCCCUUUGGCAUUUGAGAUUUGCGGCAAAGAUAUCAAUUUUAUAUAUGUGAAUUUUUCACUAUCUUAGGAGAUUUGGAAAAUCAACGGAAGAAAGAGGAAUUUGUGAUGUAAGUGGUCUCUCUAUUUAACCCUGUACACCCUAACAUCAUUAUGCAUAUUCUCCAUACCGUUUUCUAUACAUUUCCAAGGUUCUAACAAGAAGAAUUUGUAAAACCAUCAAGAGCUUCGUUAGUUGUUAAUCAUUUCCUUUAUUCUCGUGAAUUAAACAUUUGAUUCAAGGGAUAGAUUAUAAAGAGAAAUUAGAACCUUGUCACUCUUAGGAUUAACGAGCUAAACAGUGUAGGAUACUACUGUUCAAUCAAGCUCAAUGUUGUGCUUUUCUCCUUUGAGUUGUGGUGGCCUUAAUCUAAGAAAUGCGCUAUAUCAUUUACUAUGCGAAAGCUUCUCCAGUAAUAAAUCCAAUUAGUUUUUGUGUCUUUCGACAAACGCUAACCAGCUGAACAAAUAGAAAGUUCAAUACGAACUUAGGCGAUAUUAAGUGCACUUUUUGAAGAUGAAUGCCCAAAGAUAUUUGUACCCAGUAAAGUUUAAUUUAUGAUCAUUAAAUUUCCGAAGACAAAAUGUCAUUUGCACUUUGAGUAAAAGAAAGUAAAUUGUUGCCAUGAAGUUGCUUUUGCAUGGUAAUUAUACAAAUGAAAGACAGAAUGUUUAGAGUGGUAGUUUUAAGUUAGUUUAUAUGUAUAAUUAAGUAUAUUGAGAAGGCAGUUGUUUAGAAAAUGUGUAAUACCUUUAAGCAGAGCCGUGGUUUAUGAUUACGUUUCUUACUUAAAAAAUGAUUAGACUGAGCUUGAAAAGCCUCAAGGUCAGCAGUACAUGGCAUUGGAUGAGAGGGCUCGACGCGCUGAACCAGUCAGUGAAUACGCCUCUUUAAAUCCAUCUACACGCUAUUGGGAGAUUCCUACAGAGCACGUGACUAUAGAAAGAUCGUUGGUAAAGGUGCUUUUGGUCAGGUUGCCAAAGCAACAGUCAUAGGCCUCCACGGAAGACUAAAGAAGACACUUGUGGCUGUCAAGAUGUUGAAAGGUAUCAAGUACUUCAAAUGAGUUCUUGCAUUUCUGUAAAGUUCCAGAGGUAAAAAACCCCACCCUCCCCCCUCAAAAAAAAGGUAGCGCCUUGAAAGAAGCAAAUCAAACUCAACCUCCCCGCAUCUGAUGUGGAGACUUAGGUCAUUUUAGUGUUAUAUUUUUUCUUCUAUCAGUUUUCAAGUAAACGUGAUUUCAUUAGGUUGACCAUGAUAAUCAAGGCACUUUACGAUAAGGUAUCGCUUAUUAAUCCAAAUGAAACCGCAAUUCCACCUUAAUUUCGCCAAGAGCCUUUCGUCUAAAAAGUUUUUUUAUGUUAUUAGUGAUCAGACCCCCGUUCUACCCACUCCAAAGUAGCAAACCUCAAAGACUGAUAUUCCGACUUAAAAAAGAAGGAUGUCGCUUCGUUCGUGAUUUAUUUUCAGUUGAAAAAGGUUGCAGGUGUUUUAGCUGAGCAUAUACCGCUCACUUUUUUUUUGUUAAAAACAAAUUGAGUUCAAUAUCUCUAAAUAUUUAUUAAACUGCAGUCACUGGGAUGGAAGUAGAAUGUAGGAUUUUGUCAUUGUCUUUUUUUUACUCUGAAUACAGUGUUUUAUUUAGUAACGGUAGAGUGUAACUGAACUUAACAUUUUGGCUGCACCAGGAUUUACUUCUGACCUGAUAACUUUAAUGAUGAUGCUCAACCUCUAAGCUACACAGAGCUCAGUAUGAGAUAGGAUAUAUACUAAUUAUUUUGGUUCAGUAACUGUGAUUGCUUGUAAAGGUAACAGCUUUUGGGUGAUCAUCUUGCAGCUGACGCUUCUGCAUUAGAGAGGAAGGACUUAUUGUCCGAACUUGAUUUGAUGAAGCAACUAGCGCCUCAUCCUCAUGUCAUUAAACUACUGGGAUGUGUCACAAAAUCUG